GGACUGAAACAGAAACAAGAUGUUUUCUCAAUCUUUGUAUUGAAAAGAGAAUAAUACAGAUGAUGGAUGGGAAACGCCACAAACAUAUAGAUAUCUAUAAUUCAUUGGAACCUAGUAUGAAAGAGAUGGGUUUCAUAAAAAGUGGCGUACAAAUGAAAGUAAAAUUGAAACAUUUGAAAGAAAUGUAUUUUAAAUGUAAAAGAAACAAUAAUACAAGUGCUAGUCGUCAGACAUUUGCUUUUUAUGAUGAAAUGGAACAACUUUAUUGCGGAAGGCCAUCAGUCCAAGCUAUUACUGACAUCGUUAUAGAAUUACUUGAACAAGAACCGGUUCAAAUAGAAUAUAAUGCAGAAUGCCAAGCUGAUUUAACAGAUAAGGAAAAUGAAAAGGUUGUAAAUGAUACAUUAUCUAAAAAAAGAAAAACGGGUCGCAACACACAUAUGAAGUUGGCGGAGAACUUUGCAGAAGUUUUGCGAAAAAACAGGCCGAAGAAAUGCAAAAAUGAAUUAUGAAGGAACAAAUGCGCAUGUUUGAC